AUGCGGCUGUUGGUCAUAGCCGCCUUCGGGCUGUUUGCCAUAAGUCUCGCUCAGAGUAUCAGCAUCUCUACUGAACCAACAAGUACGCCUGUGACAUCCACCACCACGGAUGCAGGUGCUGGAUCGUCUCAGGGAAGCUCGACAGCAUCGACAGAUGCGUCAAGCCCGAAGGGCCGAAGCGAAAGCACUGUCACGGGCGAAUCGUCGACUUCAGCACUAAGUACCCCUGCAAACACAGGAUCGACUGCAACCCCAGGCUCAACGAUUACCGGAGCUUCGACGACAGCUGGACCUUCGACCGCAUCUGUAUCCCCGCAUAGUGCAGGGCCAAGUACAUCCCCUGUAACUCAAGCAUCUGAAAGUACCACUACCGCCGAACCUCCUGCAUCAACCUCAUCUCCCAUACCCCUCUCUACAACGCCAUACCCAGUGACGGUACUAAAGAAAGGCAUUGACAUGAGCUGCUCAGCCGGACGUUGCAGAUAUGUUUUAAAGGUGCCUGUAUUGAGCAAAGGAUUCCUGGAUACGCAACAAGGAUUGAUCGAUGAGGACAGGAAGCAGCUAGCUACCGACGAAACGAAACUGGCCACCAUUGAACAAAAAAACAAUUUCCAAACUCUACAGGAUCAAUUCGACACAUUGAAGGAAGACGUUGAUGGUGCAUUAGCUGAUCUUGCAAAACUCCAAGCAGCCCUAGCAAGGAUGAAAGACAACAAUGCCAAAAUCAAGAACAGCAUCACUGAUGCGCAACGUAUUAUUGGCUUCUUUAGCAAUGACCAGGACAACUGUCUAUAUAAAGAGUGUCUCAUUCCCCAAUCGACAACCAUCAUCACAACAACUCCCGAACCUCCCUCAUCAACCGCUGACCCCUGCACUGCCGACUCCUGUAAUGGAUUUGCCACCUGCAGUAACAAGGGUGGCCAAGCUACUUGCGGCACAUGCAUUGGCAACCUUGACAACUCCUUGAACUGCGCGACAAGUGUUUGCACCCCUGUCGGUCAAUCGAUCGUGCAGGAUCUUGCUCCUGAUGGUGCCUUAUUCUUGUCGCCUGGGUGGUAUAUUAAUGGCACUGCGGGGGUUGCGUAUGACACCACCACGAAAUGUGAAUGGAAAUUCAGGCGCAGUGGCAAAACUAUCGAUAUUCCGGAUACAACAGUGGACCCGCCGCUUCAAACGAUGGAUGACGGCGCAAUAAUUAGCUUUGAUAACGGGGUUUCCGUUAACACCGCCAAUAAUAAACUGAAGAGGUCGAAACUGCUAAGUGCGCUCAACACCAACAAGGACAACAUUCUGACCAUCACUUUCAGUCCAGGAAAGCAAGCUUGCAGCACUCCACCGUGCCACUUCUACUUGAACUUGACCUUGACU